AUGACGGAGCGCUCAAAGCAGACUGAGUUCACGUCAAAAGACAAAAAAGAAACCAGUUUGGUUCUUAAUGGACACUUUGACGUAGUGCUCAAAAGACCUCCUGCUGCUUCUCAGGGUCCAGCCGCGGAGUCCGGGGCGCGCCAGUCGGUGGCGGAGAACUGGAAAGAGGAGCAUACCAGAAGCGUGGAGGACAACGAAGUCAGCCUCCCGUCUCUGGCAGAAGCUUACACCACUAUUUUACGUGGGCUCGGGGAAGACCCACAGCGGCAGGGGCUCCUCAAAACUCCCUGGAGAGCCGCCACUGCCAUGCAAUUCUUCACCAAGGGCUACCAGGAGACUAUCAUUGACGUGCUGAACGAUGCUAUCUUUGAUGAGGACCACGACGAGAUGGUGAUUGUCAAAGACAUAGAUGUGUUCUCCAUGUGCGAACAUCACCUGGUGCCCAUCAUCGGCAGGGUUCACAUCGGUUACCUCCCUAACAAGCGAGUUCUGGGCCUCAGCAAGCUGGCCAGGAUUGUCGAGAUCUACAGUCGCAGACUACAAGUUCAGGAGAGGUUGACCAAACAAAUCGCCGUGGCUGUCACCGAGGCCCUGAAGCCCACCGGGGUCGGCGUCGUCAUCGAAGCCACUCACAUGUGUAUGGUGAUGCGAGGUGUCCAAAAGAUGAACAGCAAGACCAUCACCAGUACCAUGCUGGGAGUCUUCAGGGAAGACCCAAAAACCCGCGACGAGUUUCUCACGCUGGUCAGAAGCUGA